AUGGCCGACCGAGAGACUCCGCCGCCGCCGAUCGACUUCAUUAAGGCGGCCAUUGUCGCCUCUUUCUGCGAGCUAUCCUUCCUCUGUGCCUUCGCGCCGGAGCAUGAUAAUUCGACGAGCCCUGUCGCCGGCGCCGUGCGGCUCUUCGGCAUCUAUGUCCACUCCGGCAGCGAGGAGAACACACGCAGGUUCGGGUGCCACUACUGCGGCCGCAUGUUCCCCACGUCGCAGGCACUCGGCGGUCACCAGAACGCGCACAAGCGCCUGCGCCAGCACGCCAAGAGCACUCACCUCCACUCCGUCGCCAUGGCCGUCGCCGCCGCGGAGCACCAUCUCCACCGCCACCCCGCAGCUGCCUUCUCCCCCGCGACGCACCUCAACUACUCGCCCGCUCGCAACCACCUCGGCUCGCUCCCCUGCUCCGCCCGCUUCCAGUACCACCACCCUUCUCCAUCGUCGCCGCGCUACCCGUCACCUCCAUGGACAGAUGGCAGUCGCAUCCCCCACCGCACAUCGACAAUAACGGCGGUGGCGCUGCCGGGGAAGUGGAAAGUCCCGACCCUGGAACCUCUUUUCAGGCCGGCCGAAGGAGGCGCCAAUGGCCGUGCUGGUUCUUCAUCUUCUUCCUUAGCUUAUCCGAGUGUCUUCGAUUCCAGUAAUUCCAAGAACAAUUUAAGUCUGGAUUUGCAUUGGUGA